CAGGUGAUUUCUGUGGGGGAGGGGACACGAAAAAAAAAAAAGUUAAGUAAAAUGUCCUUAUAAAGACAAAAUCUAUUUCUUUCCUGGCUGAUGAUUUGUCAUUCUAGUCACUUCCUGCCUUGUGACCACAUACCCGGGGUUGACAAAGUUGUUCUCCAGAUCAGAAAGAAGGGGUUUCUGAUCACACGCCAGUCUUACUGAGGACAGUUUUUCUACAAGAUCUGUUACCUAAAGCAAUAAAAAAAAAAAUAAAAAAAAAAAUGGCCAGAGGAUCAGUGUCUGAUGAAGAAAUGAUGGAGCUCCAAGAAGCUUUUGCCAAAGUUGAUACUGAUGGCAAUGGUUACAUCAGCUGCAAUGAGUUGAAUGAUUUGUUCAAGGCUGCCUGCUUGCCUCUGCCUGGUUACAGAAUAAGAGAAAUUACAGAAAACCUUAUGGCUACGGGCGAUCUGGACAAAGAUGGGAGGAUCAGCUUUGAUGAAUUUAUCAAGGUUUUUCGUGGGCUAAAAAGCACAGAUGUUGCCAAGACCUUUAGAAAAGCAAUCAAUAAGAAGGAAGGGAUUUGUGCGAUUGGUGGCACCUCGGAGCAGUCUAGUGUUGGCACCCAGCAUUCCUACUCAGAGGAAGAAAAGUAUGCCUUCGUCAACUGGAUAAACAAAGCCCUGGAAAAUGAUCCUGAUUGUCGCCAUGUCAUCCCAAUGAAUCCCAACACAAAUGACCUCUUUAACUCCGUUGGGGAUGGCAUUGUUCUCUGUAAAAUGAUCAAUUUAUCAGUGCCAGACACAAUAGAUGAAAGAACAAUCAACAAAAAGAAACUCACCCCUUUCACCAUUCAGGAAAAUUUGAACCUGGCUCUGAACUCUGCCUCAGCCAUUGGGUGCCAUGUGGUCAACAUAGGAGCUGAGGACUUAAAGGAGGGAAAGCCUUACCUGGUCCUUGGACUUCUGUGGCAAGUCAUCAAGAUUGGGUUGUUUGCCGACAUUGAACUCAGCAGAAAUGAGGCUCUGAUUGCUCUUUUGAGAGAAGGGGAGAGCCUGGAGGAUCUUAUGAAACUCUCCCCUGAGGAGCUCCUGCUGAGAUGGGCAAACUACCAUCUGGAAAAUGCAGGCUGCAACAAAAUCAACAACUUCAGUACUGACAUCAAGGACUCGAAAGCUUAUUACCACCUGCUUGAACAGGUGGCUCCAAAAGGAGAUGAAGAAGGUAUCCCUGCUGUUGUUAUUGACAUGUCAGGACUAAGGGAGAAAGAUGAUAUCCAGAGGGCAGAGUGUAUGCUACAGCAGGCAGACAGGCUGGGCUGCAGGCAGUUUGUCACAGCCACUGAUGUGGUCCGAGGGAAUCCCAAGCUGAACUUGGCUUUCAUUGCCAACCUCUUCAACAGAUACCCUGCGCUGCACAAACCAGAGAACCAGGACAUCGACUGGGGGGCUCUUGAAGGUGAGACAAGGGAAGAGCGGACAUUUAGGAACUGGAUGAACUCCUUGGGUGUGAGCCCUCGAGUCAAUCAUUUGUACAGUGACUUAUCAGAUGCCCUGGUCAUCUUCCAACUCUAUGAAAAGAUUAAAGUCCCUGUUGACUGGAACAGAGUGAACAAACCACCAUACCCCAAACUGGGAGGCAAUAUGAAGAAGCUUGAGAAUUGUAACUAUGCAGUGGAAUUGGGGAAGAAUCAAGCUAAGUUUUCCCUGGUUGGUAUCGCUGGACAAGAUCUCAAUGAAGGAAACCGCACUCUAACGUUGGCCUUGAUUUGGCAGCUAAUGAGAAGGUACACACUGAAUAUCCUGGAAGAAAUUGGUGGUGGGCAGAAGGUCAAUGAUGACAUUAUUGUCAACUGGGUGAAUGCAACACUGAAGGAGGCAGGGAAAAGUUCAUCCAUCUCCAGUUUCAAGGACCCGAAGAUCAGUACAAGUCUGCCUGUUCUGGAUCUCAUUGAUGCCAUUCAACCCGGUUGCAUUAACUAUGACCUUCUGAAGACUGAAAAUCUGGACGAUGAGGAGAAGCUCAACAAUGCAAAAUAUGCUAUCUCCAUGGCCCGAAAAAUUGGAGCACGAGUAUAUGCCCUUCCAGAAGACCUGGUUGAAGUGAACCCUAAAAUGGUCAUGACAGUGUUCGCUUGCCUCAUGGGGAAAGGAAUGAAGAGGGUGUGAAGCCCAGUGGGUGGGUUGGGACAGCACCCGCUGCCUGGCCUUUUGGCCCAG